AUGUCCAAGUCUCUGAAGAAGUUGGUGGAGGAGAGCCGGGAGAAGAACCAGCCGGAAGUGGACAUGAGUGACCGCGGCAUCUCCAACAUGCUGGAUGUCCACGGCCUGUUCUCCUUAUCCCACAUCACACAACUGGUUCUCAGCCACAACAAGCUAAUAACUGUGCCUGCAAACAUAGCAGAGCUGAAGAAUUUGGAAGUGCUUAACUUUUUUAAUAACCAGAUUGAGGAGCUGCCCACACAGAUCAGCAGCCUUCAGAAACUGAAGCACCUGAACCUCGGGAUGAAUAGACUAAAUACUUUGCCUCGAGGAUUUGGCUCUCUCCCAGCUCUUGAGGUCCUUGAUUUGACUUACAACAACUUGAAUGAGAAUUCCCUUCCUGGAAACUUCUUCUACCUGACCACCCUGCGUGCACUCUAUCUAAGUGACAACGAUUUUGAAAUCCUGCCGCCAGAUAUUGGGAAGCUCACAAAGUUGCAGAUACUCAGCCUUAGGGAUAACGACCUGAUCUCGCUGCCUAAGGAAAUCGGGGAGCUUACUCAGCUUAAGGAGCUUCACAUUCAGGGGAACCGUCUGACCGUUCUGCCCCCAGAACUAGGAAACCUGGAUCUGACUGGUCAGAAACAAGUAUUCAAAGCAGAGAACAAUCCUUGGGUUACCCCGAUUGCUGACCAGUUCCAACUUGGCGUGUCCCACGUUUUUGAAUAUAUCCGUUCAGAGACGUAUAAGUAUCUCUACGGCAGACACAUGCAGGCAAAUCCAGAACCACCGAAGAAAAAUAAUGACAAAUCGAAAAAGAUCAGCCGGAAACCCCUGACGGCCAAGAAUAAGUAA